UGUGUGUCCCCUCUUAUAAAAGGAAACUUUCCCCUCAGUCUGACAUCAGUCUCCUCUGGAACCAAGCCAACGUGAUCUCUCCUCAUCUGGUGAAUCUGAAAUCUGAGCUAUGUCUCGUCUGGAGCAGGCCAUUGCAACCAUUGUGGAUGUAUUUGUGGAUCACGCUAACGGUGAUGGCAACUUAAACAAGGAUGAGUUAGCAAAGCUGUGGGAGAAAGAAAUCGAAAACCCUGAGAUUAAAGCUAAGAUCAGUUCAGCCAACUGUGCCAAGAUCAUGGGGAAGAUAGACAGGAACCGCGAUGGAGAGAUCAACUUCAGAGAGUUCAUUAAGUGUGUGGGUUUCAUGGCCAAAUGCCACUACCGUGAGAAGACUGGCAGAGGCCAAGAAGAUGAAGACUGAACAGAAGACUGAAUAUGAAACCUUUGAAAAAUUACCAUCAUAAUGUGUGAAACUAUUUACUAGUAUCGACACUGCCUACACUGGCAACAGAAGCUACAGAAUGUGACUUCUAUUGUCUCUGUGAAUAGGUUUUCAGUAGUGUCCCUUCAAUACUGUCUGAAAAUAAAUAAAAAGUUGAAAUCAA